AUGCUUGAGAUAGAACAAGACAAUCCGGAUGAAAUACACAUUUACGUGCAAGGAACCACACUCAAGUUUACUAUUAUUGAGUAUGCCAUUAUAUCCGGUCUUAAAUGUUUAGGAAACAUCGAAGAGCACCUCUUUUCUGUUACAUCAAAGUCCUCAUUAAUGACGAAGUAUUUUCCAGGAUCUAAGAGUUCUGUCAAAAGGAGUCUCUUUAUAGAGCGAUUCAAGUUGGGCAACUUUAAAAAAAAUUCUGAUGCUCUGAAUAUGUCAAUAAUUUACUUCAUUCACACCUUCCUGUAUUCACAAGUACAUGAUUCUACAAUUAGCAAAUCGGAUUUUGUGAUGGUUGAGAAUGGUAGUUACGGACAAUUUCCAUGGGGGAAGAGUUCAUUUGAAAAGCUUAUCGCAUUGUGGAGACAAGAUUUUUUUGUCGCAAAACAGUUAUACUCAAUGGGGGGAAUGCCUCACGAGCUGAAUGUUUGGAUGUAUGAAUGUUGUUCUAAGGUGGUUGAAAUCAAAGUUAAGUACGAGAAAUUUAUGGCUGGUAUGUUCAGCAAGUUAGUAUACAACAAUAUACGAUCAACUGAUGAAGAAGUACAAAGUCUUGAUUUGCCAAUGAUUGAGGGAUUUCAAUUAAAAGAAGCUGAAAUUGAAUUUCCUCCAAAAAUUGCUGCAGAUUGUUUCGAUAAAAGAUCUGCUGUCGAACGAAAAAUAGUCCGUUUUGAUUCCACAACUGCCGAGGAGCAAGUUUGUCAGAAAGCACCAUCUUUUGUUUCAACAAGAACUGUGCCAACCCAAAAAAUAGUUUCUUCAGGUUCGGAGCAUGUUCAUGCCGAAAAGACAACUCCAUCAUUGUCACUCAAGUCAGUUUGUCAGGACAAUUCUGAUGAAAAGUGGGAUGAUAUAAAGUUAUUUUUGCAAUCUUAUGUUGACACAAAAAUCAAUUGUCUUCAUGAUCUAAUAGUCAAACAACAUCAUGACUCAAAUGAAAAAAUGGAUAAACAACAUGCCGAACUCAUCCAAUUGUUGAAACACCACAGCCAAAAAAAUGAAAAGCAAAAGGGAGAAGAAAAAACAGGAAACAUACCAUCUAAAGAAGAUGUUGAAGAUAUUGAAAUCUUCAAAACCUUGAAAGAAAAAGAAAAAAAGGAUGUAGAAGGAUGCAGUGAGGAUAAUGCUACUGCCAUCCCAGAUGCUCUUGUAGAAUCCGUACUAAAUCACAAUUCUGACAACACCAAUGUUGGAACAUCUAUUACUGUGCAUGUCUAUAAUGAUCACAUGGAUGUUGAAGGAUUUAGUGCUGAUUUUGGGUCUGCCACAUUGGAAUUCGAGUUAGAUGCGAUAUUGAAAGUUAUUGCAGCACCAGUUGAUGACGUUUCUAUAGAAGUAGUUCCACCGGUAGAACCAAUUGUGAACCAACACGACAUCUCUGAUAGUCAGCUUCCUCUUGAUUUUUCUGAUGCUGUUGUCGCGGCUUAUCAAGCUGCGAAAACCCCUUCGAAUAUUGUUAAGAGAAUCAGGACGAGAUCCAAAGUUUUCAAGUCUCCAUACACAACAAAAUAUGCUUCUGGAUCUAAAGCAAUUGGGGAUCAGAUCGAAAAGCAGAAACAACAAUUCACUUUUGAUGGUUUCCUAAUAUCUGACACUAUGUCAAGCAGUAUAAUUGAAGAGUUCAAACAGUGGGUGGAGGAAGGAUUAUUGAAGUUUCAUGCUAAAAAAUACUAUGAAGACGAUACAGAUACAGUCCUGACUACACAACAAGAUUAUGUUGAAUCUGUUCACGUUGCUCUAAUUGAAGAGGCAAUAACACAUAUAAUCAAGGAAUAUUGCAUGCCAUCUGGUUUGCCAUGGCACCAAACUGAUGAGGUGGAUUGUGGAGUCUUUGUUGCUGGUUAUGCAGAAUAUCUAAGUGAAGAAAUGAACGUGCCUUCUGAUGGUUUUGAAGCAGAAUACCAUAGAAUGCGUUACGCCACACUACUUCGAAAUAUGAUAUUCAAAAAGCAAAGAAAGGUAAUUAUUGUUAGAUAA